AUGAGCAACCUCGAUCUUACCGUCCGUAUAGGUGCAUCGCUGGACACACUCAAACCUAUUACAAUCAAUGACGAUGCCCAUCCUGGACGGAUCCAAACCGACAAGUUUGACGGCUACAUUACAGCACGUAUACGCGAUUACCCAGACGCACCCCACAGCAAAUACUUUGACGACGAAAACAACACAGAUUUGUUCUGCAUACAGAUCUGUGGUCGGUUUCUUCUAGAACAGCCUUGUAUCACCGCUGACGAUAUUCAAUUCGGUAACCAGUUUGAACGACCGUUGCAACUCCCCUUUGGCAGCUCCUUGUUGCUCAAAUUUGCACAAUGGUGGGAUCCCGGUUUACAGGCUAAUUUAAAGGAUCCAAAACCGUAUGCAUUCAGUCCUCUCAUUAUCACAAUGAACCAGAUCCAGUCUGUUCAAGAAAAUAUCACUGCAUUGUCCAUGGACCUUAAAACACCCGAAGACCGUCGUGCGUUCUUCAAGUAUCCACAAAACCGCAAGGCAGUUGAUGUUGGCCCAAAUCAAGUAUGGAACAUGCAGUUCUCGAACCCAUACAUUGAUUUCAACAAGUGUACUGUCAAAGUGCCUGGAUUCGAGAUGGACGUUCUCAAAUAUUGGGACGGACAGCCGCUGCGCUAUUAUGCGAAAAUAUCUACAACGGAGGAGGUGAUUUUCAUAAUUGAAUUUGAUUUGCGUCGCACGACAACGACGUCAUAA